AUGUCGGGAAUACUGCGACGAGCAAAAUCAACACGCGAUGCUCGGGCAAAGAAGGUUGCCCGUGAUCAGCUGGAUUUCAACUUUGCCGCUGAAAUAGAGAGUUUGACACUGCCAAAGGCGCCGGGAGGGGAGCCACGACCCUCCAGCCCUCCAAAGCUCAGUCGGCGCAAAAGCAUUUCAAGUUUUCAUGCGUCUCUGCGGAUAGGAAAUAUAUUUGACAACAUUCCCAGGAGCGCGAAUCCUCUGAAUAGGCUUUCCAUAUUUCCUGGCGGCGGCCCUGCAUCCCUGCCAGAGUCACCUCCGUUGUCUGCACUGAGGGUGUCACCCGUCCCGCCGGACCAGAGCUGUGAUGGGGAUGGAAGGGUGAAUGGGCCGGAGAGGCCUUUAAAUGAUAGUUCGGUGGACGACAGUGAACUCCUUUAUAUUGGCAUGGCAAUCGGGAGCCCUAGUGAGGCGCGGGAGGCAGGGAUGGGGAGUUCGGCUGUCCCUUCACCACUCGAUGUGCCGUCAGGCGGGAAUGAAACUCCACAGUUUGUACUGCCACCUGAGCCAUUUGGUGUGGAGGUGCGGGGGGCGAUGAGCGGGACGGUCAGAAAGAAGCAAUCGCGGAAGGAUAGCAAGCAUGGUGCUCAAGCGGAGAACCCCAGGAGUGGGUGGAAGAAAUUGUUUGGAAGAAGCUUUUUUGGUAAAAAGGAUGCGCCCAAACCGGCCCAGCAUCCUCAGCAGCCGCCGCCUAUGCUAGACUCCCUGGUGACAGCAGAACCUCGACCGUUUCAGUCCAAGACUCCGUUCCUGAUAUCCAAAUCGCAUUUGGACAAGCUAGCUGCGCCUCCGGCAUCACCAGCACCUUGUCUCAACGUUGAUAUUCCCGAGGUGGAGAUGGAAAGAUAUAGCGUCAUGUUUGGCACAUUAUUGCAUCCGAGCGAGAAGUCAUCAUUGUUCGCGCGUAGGAGGUCAAGGGAUGUUCCAGCUGCCAAUGGGCAGGUGCGUUUUUUAAUUGGAUGCUUUAUACAAGGAGCAGUUCCGGCUAACCUGACUAAAGACACAGCAAGCAGUACCCCAACUAUACUUGAACCCACUAAAGCGAAAUGCAACAACUGGUCAAGUGAGCCGCUCCCCUCGCUCCAUGCUCGGAAAUUCCCUCGGGAGUAUAAGUCCUCGGCCUGGACCUAGCCCAACUCGAAGCCCGGGACUCGCCCGGUCCAAGUCAGUGGGAGGCGUCUCUCCGGCACCCUCGCCGGGAGCCAUAUACGUUGUGAAUGCGCAAAGCGCAGAAGGUUCCUCCCCCUUGAUGCCGGCUGGUCGCCCCUGCUCUCUGCGACCUGGCUCUUCGAGCAGAGUAUCCCGAAUAUCGGAGGAGCCUUCGAUUGAUACACCGAGGGGCAGCUUUGAUGAGGGCGACGAUGGCUGGCUCACUAGGGACGGUGAGGUGGAGCCGCAAUGGGAAAUGAUUAACCCUCAGGGCCGCUCGACGCAGACUACACCAGAUACACCGAUGAGUGAAGGUAUGUCUUUACACCAACCCCGAGAAUUGGUCGGAUGAGGGGAGAGAUAGUGCGUCUAAUGAAUCAUUGUAACAGAGGACAUUGAAUACGCCGCGCAAAUCAGCAUAGCCCGUCAAAUCUCUGUCUCACAACGCCAGCUGCUAUUGCCGAUUGUUCCUAGGUCACAGCGGCUCGUUAGCCGCGCACCACUACGCAAACCACCGAAGCCGCCGUUAGAAGGGAAUAUCAUGCCCAGAUCUUCUAGCGCUGCUGCAACACACCCCUCCACGCCCCCAGCCGUGCCACCGACAUCGGCGGAGGCUGGUAGCACAUGCUAGCCGCAUGAGUGCAUGGGUAUAGUGCAAGUGAGGACCAAACUUUUUUGAAUAAAUUUGUUUGCUUCUUUGGGCAGGCUACUAAUUGGUCUCUUGAAUGGAGUGACAUUGAGGGCUAGGUAGUUUGCCUGUUGGUGCCUGAACGACCUGCCGGGUAGGGCGUUUGUUUCUGGAGUACGGUGUUUUUUUUUGUUUUUUUUUGUCUUUUCUUGUCUUCGUUUUUGGUUAUUUACUUUCUGUCAGUAUUCGCCCACUUUUUACUCUCAGCGCAUCGUAUUUUCAUAUCAUAAUGUCAUUGAUGACUUGAAGGAGGGAGUGGAUUACGAGAAGAACGAGAAGGAGGUGUUCUCGCCUUGUGGGAAUUGUUGCUACUUUGCGGGCAUUACGGGUAUGGUUCCGACGGGGUAAACUCUAGACCAAAAUUAGACAGAAAUGAUGGUGACAGUUAUUCCUGCAAUGGCGAUUGUAACACCUCCAAAUUAUUAUUUCUACCAUU